AUGAGGGAAGUGAUUGAGUUACUGAGUGAUCCGAUAGAACCAAGUCAGCUCCCUGGAUGGCCUCAGCUGGAAGGAGAUAUUAUAGAAUUGAGUGAUGAGGUGGAGUCGGAAAUCAUUAAAAAGAAUACAACUUGUGGUGAAUCUUUACCGAAUAUUUUGAGCUGUGAAUCCUCGCGUGUUAAACCUCUGCGUUGUUUAUCGAGUGAAAACCUCUUGGAUUUGGGCAAUUGGGUAAGCUCGGAUGAAGAAUCUUUCAAUGUCAGUCUACGAUAUACACCACUCAAAAUUUCAAGUACUAAACCAGAACACUCUGUACUCCAACCGCAAGAUCCUCUUGUUCAAUUACUACCAUCGUCUCCUGUUGCGGAGCGUAUAUUAGAACUAGAACCACAUUCGAACCCCGAGAUACUGCGGCAGACAAUCCAUCAGGAGAAUCGAUCAUUAGAGUCGACCUAUGAACUCAUUGGGUCAUCUAAUGAGCUUUUCAAAGUAACUGCCUCUCUAAAUGCCCUGGGAAGCGUUCUCACCACGCUGGAUAUCGUGAACAAAAAACGUAGUAUUCGGGCGAUGAGUACGAUUUCAGAUCCUAUUGAAAGCAGCUCGCCCAUGAAAUCUCCACCUCCGCGGAAAAGAGUCAAAGCUUUGAACUCGAGAGAGAAAGCCACAAAUGAUCACUCCAAAGCUUGGAAAGCUGCUAAUAAAGCUAUCAGGAGGAAGCAGGAUAUUCUUGGUGAAAUGGUAAUUGAGAUCGCCCUUUGCCUCGAAAAAAAAAUUGAAACCGAAUACUUCAGAAGUAUUUUUGUACAACCUACGGUAAGGAGCUCGUAUCUUGAGCUUCCUUUGAUAUCCUGGAAAAGAAGAGUGACUGCAAAAUACAAUAAGCAAGAUGAUACAUUUGAACCUUGUGAAUUGACAGAACUCUCCGAAAGAGUGUUCAUACUAUUUUAUGAAGCUGAAGAAUUGAUGAUAAAGCUCAAAAGUGGUGUUGUAUCAAGCGAUAUAGAAAGAGUUAAAAGCCGAGCAAAGCUGCAGGGCGUGGAAAACGAUGCCUUUUUGCUCCUCAUGGUACCUAGCUUCAGCGAAUACUUGCGAAAAUUACAAGCAGUGGAAAACAGACAAUAUCGUGCUAAGACGCUUGAGCACCUAAAUCCGUCACAGGUUGGAGGCUCUCUGAAGCUACGUGAGACAAAUGUUAUGUCGGCUUCGGAAGCUCUGAUGCUACUUAUUGAAAGCGAGGUGAAUUUGAGCAUUAAUAUCUUCACGCCAAGAUCCAUAGAAGAGGCUAUUGAUUGGCUUCAUUCGUUUACUUACACCAUCGGAAGCUCCAUCUACGAUAAAUUUGAAAGAAAUCCUGAAUUUGCAAGCAUAGGGGCUGUCCGUCUGGGGUCAACUCCAAAAGGUAUGUUCCUUGAGAUGGUGAAGAAGUUUAACUUGAUGACAGACCCCAAAGCUGAGAAUCUAUACCAAUAUUACGCUUCCCCGUUGAGCUUGUACAAAAGAUUUUUGGAAAGUGAUGAUCUUGGAACUGUGCAAGGGAAGAGUAUUGUGCCGCCAUCGGUGAAUAAGCUUAUGAAGAAAGUGUUCACAUGCGAAGAUCCAAAUGCUGUGAUUACUGAUUAG